GGGCUUCCGUGUUCGAGAAGUGCGCUGUCUGACUGAUGACAUGAUGACCAGUGACCGCUGCGAGGACACACUGAAGCCUCACGACAAGGAGGAGUGUCACCCCGAGCCCUGCCUGCCUCUGAUUGUGUUCAGUCUUCUGUGGGAAGGAUGAGGACAGACGUGGUUCUUCUCAGGAGGAAGCGCAGGGACGUUCUUCUGCACAUCCUGGCCGUGGUUCUGCUGAUAUUCGCCGUGGUUCACCUCGUCUUCUACGCUGGGAAGAGUUUUCAGAGUUCUUCUGCUGUGAGAGUCCGCCGGGAUCUCGAAAAUGCGUCUGACUGUGUCUCCCCGCAGUCGUCUGAAUUUCCCGAAGGAUUCUUCACGGUUGAGGAGAGAAAGGACGGAGGGAUUCUGAUUUACUUCAUGAUCAUUUUCUACAUGCUUCUGUCCGUCUCCAUCGUGUGUGAUGAUUAUUUUCUACCGUCUCUGGAGCUCAUCAGCGAGCGUCUCGGUCUCUCGCAGGACGUCGCUGGAGCCACCUUCAUGGCCGCCGGGAGCUCAGCGCCGGAACUGGUCACCGCCUUCCUGGGUGUGUUCGUGACCAAAGGUGACAUCGGUGUGAGCACCAUCAUGGGAUCAGCCGUCUAUAACCUGCUCUGCAUCUGUGCUGCGUGUGGCCUCCUGACCUCUGCGGUGGGUCGUCUCUCCUGCUGGCCGUUGUUCAGGGAUUGCGUGGCGUAUGCCAUCAGCGUCGCGGCAGUCAUCGCCAUCAUCUCAGAUAACAAAGUUCACUGGUACGACGGCGCGUGUCUCCUGCUGGUGUACGGGGUGUAUGUGUGUGUGCUGUGUUUCGAUCUGAAGAUCAGUGAGUACGUGAUGCAGCGCUUCAGCCCGUGCUGCUGGUGUGUGAAUAAGAGUUCUCAGGAGCAGCAGCCGUUGAUGGGAUGGAGUGACGACAGCGGUCUCCGUCUCCAGCGCCGCUCCAGAGCCGACAGCGGCAUCUUCCAGGACGACUCCGGAUACUCCCACCUGUCCCUCAGCCUGCACGGCCUGAACGAGAUCCCCGAAGAGCAGAGGAGUGUGUUCUCGAUGCCGGAUCACGAUCUGAAGCGGAUCCUGUGGGUUCUGUCUCUGCCGGUCAUCGUGCUGCUGUUCCUGACCGUUCCCGACUGCAGGAGACGCUUCUGGAGGAAGUGCUACAUGUUGACCUUCCUGAUGUCGGCCGUCUGGAUCUCCGGCUUCACAUACGUGCUGGUGUGGAUGGUCACCGUCGUCGGAGAGACGCUGGGAAUCCCGGACACGGUGAUGGGAAUGACUCUCCUGGCGGCGGGGACCAGCAUCCCCGACACCGUGGCCAGCGUGAUGGUGGCGCGUGAAGGUAAAGCCGACAUGGCCAUGUCUAACAUCGUGGGCUCGAACGUCUUCGACAUGCUGUGUCUGGGUCUGCCGUGGUUCAUCAAGACGGUGUUUGUGGACCCCGGCUCUCCGGUGGAGGUCAACAGCAGAGGUCUGGUCUUCAUGUCCUGCACGCUGCUGCUCUCCAUCGUCUUCCUCUUCGUGGCGGUUCACGUCAACGGCUGGAAGCUGGACUGGAAGCUGGGGCUGGUGUCUCUCGGGUGUUACGUGCUCUUCGCCACGCUGUCCAUCCUCUACGAGCUCGGGAUCAUCGGGAACAAUCCCAUCCGAGCCUGCGGAGACUGACGGACAGAGAAGGGACAAAAACCAAAGCUUGGGACUUUUCUUUCAGUGCGACCUCAAACCCAUCGGCGUCCAACGGUGGUCCACGAAGAAUGCUUUUGACCUCAGUUUCAUAAAACAUUCACUUUAAAGAAUAACACAUUCACAUAAAACCCAUUCUAUGCUCUUUAAAAUUGACUAUUAACUUUAUAUUAGUGCUGUCAAAUGAUUAAUCACAUUCACAUAUGCCUUUCUAUAAAA